AUGGCUUUACAAAAGCUGUGUGUUGUUUCCACAGUAACAAGUGCGGUUUUUCCAUUCACAGUUAAUCUCAAUGAGAUGUGUCACAUCACACACCGUAUUUCUACCUAUGAGGAUUGGUCUCAUACAUCGUUUGAACUUCAGCGGCUGAGUUCACCUCUCUGUUAUGCGGAAAUUGCACCAUACUUUACAGACUAUCUUGGUGCCCAUUGGUCCAUUUACCCUCCACAAACGCGGUCUUGUACAGUCUCUGCCAUCCCUAGUCAUAGUAAUAAUAACCGGCGUCAUCAUUCAGCUGUAUUUCCCACUGCGAGAGAUCAGUUGCUCGGCUGUGUGCAUCACCCAGUGCAACACCAAAUGCAACAUGUUAAGCCUGAUGCCCUCAUAGCCCCUCCCAAACAUGCUCCUGACUUACCCAUGGUCGAGAAAGGCCCCAUCCUGUCUCCGAAUGAGCCAGGUCACUUGUAUGAGCUUGCAGCUGGUAGGGGUAUAGAUGUGUUUGAUGCUGAUGGUCUUUUGGAGAAGUGUGAUAGUUGCCAACCAAAGAGGACAAGAGAAAGGGAAAAGUUUUGGAGAGAAGAAAGCUUGGAGGGAUGUGAGCGGAAGGGAAGUAUGUGGAUGGGUGAAGGAAUGCGUUGA